AUGGGGGUGCCCGGAUCUGCCAGCCUCUGGCGCGCACUCACAGUGAAGUUUGGCCGAGAAGUGGAUGCCGGUCGCUUGGGGGGUGGGUCCCACCGCCCCCUCCCCUCCCUGCCUCACACCCAGCCCGCCUUUCUUCUAGAACGUCCCACCCUGCCGCUUUUGCUGUCUUUGCUCCUGCUUCCUCUGGGCCUUCCAGUCCUCUGUGCUCCCCCACGCCUCAUCUGCGACAGCCGAGUUCUGGAGAGGUACAUCUUGGAGGCCAAGGAGGCAGAGAACGUCACGAUGGGCUGUGCGGAAGGUCCCAGACUGAGUGAGAAUAUUACAGUCCCAGAUACCAAAGUCAACUUCUAUGCUUGGAAAAGAAUGGGGGUGGAAGAACAGGCUGUAGAAGUUUGGCAAGGCCUGUCCCUGCUCUCAGAAGCCAUCCUGCAGGGCCAGGCCUUGCUAGCCAACUCCUCCCAACCACCAGAGAUGCUUCAGCUGCAUAUAGACAAAGCCAUCAGUGGCCUGCGUAGCCUCACUUCCCUGCUCCGGGUGCUGGGAGCCCAGAAGGAAUCGAUAUUAUCUCCAGAUGCUACUUCACCGUCUCCACUCCGAACACUCACAGUGGAUACUUUCUGCAAACUCUUCCGGGUCUACUCCAACUUCCUCCGGGGAAAACUGAAGUUGUACACAGGGGAGGCCUGCAGGAGAGGGGACAGGUGAGCUGCCGCCGCCACUGUGACGUAUCCACCAACUUUGCUCACCAUCGCUGCCUGUGUCACGCCAACCCUCCAUCACUCCCAACCCUCACCAAAGGGGUUGUGACCUCCUCACCAGCUUGUCCUAUGGACACUCCAGCACCAGCAGUGAUCUCUUGGGGGAGCCAGAAGAACUUUCCAGAGCUCCAUUCUGAAAUCUCAAGAUGUUACUGGGCCAGCCUGAGGCCCCAAGGCAGGAGAGACUUGAAGAACCAUCUUGGAUUUGUUUUGUUUUUGUUGAGACAGGAAGGUCUCACAUAGCCCAGGCUGGCCUGGAACUCGCUAUGUGGCUAAGGAUGAUUUUGGACUCCUUAUCUUC